AGUACCCGGUCAGCAGGGUUAGUUUAGGGUGAUCAGAUUAUACCUAACUUCAGUUUUCUCUUUCCUGGCCCUUAAAGGGUUUGUUGACCAAGCAAGCACCUUGUGCUGCGUUUAGAUGUCUCCUCCCGCUUUCUCCAGCCCUUCAUCCCUUCUAAGUCAAAGUCAGACGCUGGGACCGCAAGUCUGGUAAAGCCGUAGAUGUGGCUGCCGGAUUGGCGUCUAGUAGUGGGUUCUCGGGCUUGGGAAGGUGUUUAAGCAAAGGCUGAAAUUUGGUGGUGAUGGAGUACAAGUGAUUCCUACACUGGGUGGUGUAAUAAAUAGCUUUCAAAAUCAUUUUCUACCCCUGAAAAGUACGUGGAUGCUGCAGUAGGAUCUGGCCAGAGACAUCCUCCAGCAAAGACCCAAUCGCAACUUCCCACUCAAAACUAAAAAUAGGGAGAGUGUGGGUCAGUUUUCAAAAUCUGUGGCGUCACCGUCACGGAGAUAAACCUACAAAUGCUUCGGCCCAAUCAACGUGACUGCCUCGGUACUUCUGGUUCUCACGCUAUUGACUUUUGUCCUCUGGAGCACACAUGCUCUCACCGCUGCUAAGACAGUUUCGGUUCCAAAUAAAAGCAUGUUCCACAUCAGACACCCAUAAUCAAGAAAAAUUUGCCAAAUAAAUCAUCGUAGAAACGCUAGUUUGGGCCUGGAAAUUUCCAGGAGCAAGAGUCAAGAUUAGUCACUCCAUAACGAUCUGGAGGAGACUGCUUUUCUCAGACAUUUGAGAGUGGUGAAGUGCUGGCCGAAGGGUUUUUGAAGAGACCGCCCUCCGCCUUGGCCUGAGUCCUGGUAACCGGUCGGAGUGACUGAAAGCCAUGGAAGCAGCUCAAAAAGAGGAAAUCAGUGUUGAAGAUGAAGCUGUGGAUAAAAGUAUUUUCAGAGACUGCAGCAAGAUUGCUUUCUACAGGCGUCAGAAACAGAAUCUCUCCAAAAAAUCCAUCUAUCAGGUAUUAGUAGACUCAGUCACAACAAGUGAAGAUGGCACCAGGUUCAAAAUCAUCAAUGAAGCAACUAAGGUUCCUCUCCUGGCUGAAGUUUAUGGUAUAGAGGGAAACAUUUUCAGGCUUAAAAUUAAUGAGGAGACUCCCCUGAAACCCAGGUAUGAAGUUCCUGAUGUCCUCACAAGCAAGCCAGGCAUUAUAAGACUGAAUUCAUGCUCUGGGGAUACAGGAAAUCUAGUAUUGACAGCCGGAAAAGGAGACCUGAAGUGUCACAUCACAGCAAAUCCAUUCAAGGUAGACCUAGUGUCUGAAGAAGACACUGUGUUGAGCAUCAAUUCCCAGAGUCAGUUGUACUUUGAGCACCUGCAAAUUCGUCAUAAACAAAGAGCUGCUAAAGAAAAUGAGAAGGAUGCAUCAAUUGACACCUCUCAGGAAAAUCAAGAGAAUCUAGGCCUGUGGGAAGAGAAAUGUGGAAAUUUUGUGGAUGUCAAAGCUAAUGGUCCAACCUCCAUUGGUUUGGAUUUCUCCUUGCAUGGAUUUGAGCAUCUAUAUGGGAUCCCACAGCAUGCAGAAUCACACCAACUUAAAAAUACUGGUGAUGGAGAUGCUUACCGUCUUUAUAACCUGGAUGUCUAUGGAUAUAAAAUACAUGACAAAAUGGGCAUUUAUGGUUCAAUACCUUAUCUCCUGGCCCACAAACUGGGCAGGACUAUAGGCAUUUUCUGGCUGAAUGCCUCAGAAACACUAGUGGAAAUCAAUACAGAGCCUGCAGUAGAGUAUUCACAGACCCAGAUGGGUUCAGUGGCUGCUAAGCAAAAGGUCAGAUCUCGAACUCACGUCCACUGGAUGUCAGAGAGUGGAAUCAUUGAUGUUUUUCUGCUGACAGGACCUACACCUUCUGACAUCUUCAAGCAGUACUCUCACCUUACAGGCGCCCAAGCCAUGCCCCCUCUCUUUUCCCUGGGGUACCAUCAGUGCCGCUGGAACUAUGAAGACGAGCAGGAUGUGAAAGCAGUGGAUGCAGGAUUUGAUGAGCAUGAUAUUCCUUACGAUGUCAUGUGGUUGGACAUAGAGCACACCGAGGGGAAGAGGUACUUUACCUGGGACAAAGAAAGAUUCCCAAACCCCAAAAGGAUGCAAGAGCUGCUCAGGAGCAAAGGACGCAAGCUUGUGGUCAUCAGUGACCCCCACAUCAAAAUUGAUCCUGACUACUCAGUGUAUGCUAAGGCCAAAGAACAGGGGUUCUUUGUGAGGAGCCGUGAAGGGGGAGACUUUGAAGGCGUGUGCUGGCCUGGUCUCUCCUCUUACCUGGAUUUCACCAAUCCCAAGGUCAGAGAGUGGUAUUCAAGUCUUUUUGCUUUUCCUGCUUAUCAGGGAUCUACAGACAUACUCUUCAUAUGGAAUGACAUGAAUGAGCCCUCUGUCUUUAGAGGGCCAGAGCAAACCAUGCAGAAGGAUGCCGUUCAUCAUGGCAACUGGGAGCACAGAGAACUUCAUAAUAUCUAUGGUUUUUAUCAGCAAAUGGCUACUGCGGAAGGACUGAUAAAACGAUCUAAAGGGAAGGAAAGACCCUUUGUUCUAACACGUUCUUUCUUUGCUGGAUCACAAAAAUACGGUGCUGUAUGGACAGGUGACAACGUAGCGGAGUGGAGUUACCUGAAAAUUUCCAUCCCAAUGUUACUCACUCUCAGCAUUGCCGGGAUCUCUUUUUGCGGAGCGGAUGUAGGUGGUUUCGUUGGGAAUCCAGAGACAGAGCUGCUAGUACGUUGGUACCAAACCGGAGCCUACCAGCCCUUUUUCCGAGGUCACGCCACCAUGAAUACCAAGCGGCGGGAACCCUGGCUGUUUGGGAAGGAACACACCCAGCUCAUCCGUGAAGCCAUAAGAGAGCGCUAUGCCCUCCUGCCCUAUUGGUAUUCUCUGUUCUACCAGGCACACGUGACUUCCCAACCUGUCAUGAGGCCUCUGUGGAUAGAGUUCCCUGAUGAAUUAGAAACUUUUGGUAUAGAAGAUGAAUACAUGCUGGGAAGUGCUUUAUUGGUUCAUCCGGUCACAGAACCGAAAGUCACCACAGUUGAUGUAUUUCUGCCAGGAUCAAAUGAGGUCUGGUAUGACUUGAAGACAUUUGCUCAUUGGGAAGGAGGAUGUACUGUGAAGAUCCCAGUAGCCUUGGACACUAUACCAGUGUUUCAGCGAGGUGGAACUAUAGUGCCAGUGAAGACAACUGUAGGAAAAUCCACAGGCUGGAUGGCUGAUUCCCCUUAUGGACUCCGGGUUGCUCUAUGCACUAAGGCUUCUGCAAUGGGUGAGUUAUAUCUUGAUGAUGGUCACUCAUUUCAGUAUCUCCACCAGAAGCAAUUCUUACACAGGAAGUUUUCAUUCUGUUCCAGUGUUUUGAUCAACAGUUCUGCUAACCAGAGGGGUCAUUACCCCAGCAGGUGUGUGGUGGACAAGAUCUUGGUCUUAGGCCUCAGGAAGGAGCCAUCUUCUGUGACCACCCACUUAUCUGAUGGUAAAGAUCAGCCUGUGGCUUUUACAUAUUGUACCAGAACCUCCACCCUGCACCUGGACAAGCUCUCACUGCACAUUGGCACCGACUGGGAGGUCCAUUUCAAGUAACCAAGAAGCGCCCCUGGUCUUCUGAGCUGAGAGCUGCCUGCACCUUUCUAGUCUUCCCUUAGGCUUUUCUGAGAUUUGUACUGCAAUAUAAUUGACUUCCUGAGCUCAAAAUCUUUCACUGGUUACC